GGAGAGCGCGCCUGAGACUGUGGCCAUGGAGGAAACGAGCGGCUUCCCGAAGGCAAGUGUCUCAAGCUCUUCUUGACAGCCCCUAUGACAGCCUCCCCUCAAAGCACAGCCGGCCUCAUCUCCUCAACCUGGGAAGAGGCCGAAGGAUGGCAGUGUUCUAGCUGCAAGUUACAACCAUGCUCCACCCAGAGCUGGUACUUGGGGGACCUGUUGGGAAUGGCACUGACUCCCCGCCCUUCUUCCAGGAGCUGGUGAGCAGAGUACUGCACCUGCACUUCAGGGAUUGCAAGACGAAAGUCAAUGGGGACGCGCUGCAGCUCAUGGCGGAGUUCUUGAAGAUCUUCGUGGUAGAAGCCGCUGUCCGUGGGGUGCAGCAGGCCCAGGCAGAGGACCUAGACAUCGUGGAUGUGGAUCAGCUGGAGAAGGUGCUCCCUCAGCUGCUCCUGGACUUCUAGACGUUGGCCUGUGGCCUGCAGAGUCUAGGACGAAGUCCCUUCAGCAUCGACAUCCAGUUCCCCAAGUUCCAGAGAACGGGAGGACACCAGGAGCUGUUACCCUCCCUAGCUAUCACCUCUGGGGGUCUGUGUGAGACAGGUGCAGGGUUGGUGGGCAGCCUUCCCACAGCCACCCACCUCCACCACCCCCACUCAUUAUAAACAGAGGCUGGCGGUGCUGCCUUCUUGCCCCCCCUCCAUCAGAGCUGCUGUGUGGCUUUUAACCGGACCAGGAUGCCUCCCUGAGCUGUAAAUUUGUUCUUACAAAGCAACGUCAAUAAAUCAACACCAUC